AUGUCCUCCACUCCAGACGAGGCCGUCGCGGCCACCACCAACAAUGACCACCUCGUGCAGUCUUCCGACCCCGAGCACCCGGCGAACCUCAUUCCGGAGUUAUGCCGCAAAUUCUACAAUUGGGGAUGGGUUACUGGCACCGGUGGAGGGACCUCCAUCCGCCACGGCGAUCACAUCUUCAUUGCUCCCUCCGGAGUCCAGAAGGAGCUUAUGAAGUCUGAGAACAUCUUCGUCCUCCAAUGGCCCACCAAGAAAUACCCUGCCGAGGAGCGCAACUAUAUCCGCCGGCCUCUCAAGCUCAAUCCGUCCGCCUGCACUCCGCUGUUCUUGACGGCCUUUGAGAACGGUGCCGGUUGCUGUAUUCACACCCACUCCCAGUGGGCAGUCCUAGUGACCUUGCUGGUCGAGCGGGAGAAGGGCCCGGACGCCUGCUUUGAGAUCAGCACCAUCGAGCAGAUCAAGGGUAUUCCCCGAGGCAAGGGCAAGGGCAUGUUGGGAUACCAUGACACCCUGCGUAUCCCCAUCAUUGAGAACACUGCCUUCGAGGAGGACCUGACUAGUGGUCUGGAGGCCGCCAUGAUGACAUACCCGGACACGUACGCGGUGCUCGUUCGCAGACACGGAAUCUAUGUCUGGGGUGACAAUGUUGCCAAGGCAAAGACCCAGUGCGAAAGUCUGGACUAUCUGUUCCAGCUGGCCGUGGAAAUGCACAAGCUGGGCCUUCCGUGGGUCAAAUAA